GCGGUGGAGACAGUUUAAGUCUGAUUUGACGUCAAAAUGGGCACUUGCAGCUGACAAGGAUAGUGUUGAUGACACUGUAUGCAAAAUGUACGGCAUUAGCAAGGAGAAAUGGACCCAAUUUUGCCAGAGCCGUAGAGACCCUUCAUGGGAGAAUGUUCGAAAAAAAGCACAAGCUGUCCAAAAACAAAACACUGCCCCUCACGUGAUGUCUCGUGGGGGUUAUGAAUAUUUAGAAAAAAAGUUGAUGGAUGAGAAGAGAAAGAAAAAACUAGAGGAAGCAACUCAAUCCGGAAGCACUGACACCGUCAUUGAUCCUCCAUCUCCCAUCAAACGACACGUGAAGUGGAAGCUAGCCCGCACCAAGAAAACUGGUGACAUGACAUCUGAAGCAGCAAAGGAAAUUGCUGACAAGAUUAGUACUUACUAA